UUUUUUUUUUACACCCACCUUAGCAACUGGAGAACAUGAUGGGUGGCUUUGUUUUACUAGCCGUGCUACUUUUCACCUAUGGUCCUCUAGCGUUAGCACGCCCCGGUGGAGAUGGUGUGGGGAGCCAAGCGGACGACCUGUCUCUGCUCACCGGUGACCUCACCUUCAGCUUGUAUGCUGAGCUCGCGAGGCAGAGACCGCGUGAUGAAAACCUCCUCCUCUCACCCCUGGGCGUUUGGUCGGCGCUACUUGAGCUGGCCAGGGCCUGUGGGGAACUCUCGCUGACCCCCAGCCGCGCAGAGAUCCUCGCCGCGCUCGGACUGCAGAACAGGACAGGGGAGGAUGCCGAGCGGACGCUCCGUGCCCUCGAUGACCUGGCGACGGCGCUGGUGACCGAGGGUCAAGAUGAGCCCCAGCUCAGCGUCCAGACCUCCCUGCAGCUCAAUGGCAAAAGGCUCAGCCUCAGUCCAGCUCAAGCCAAUCAAUCCAGCGGUGUUGGGCAGAAAAAUACGCCAGAAAAUAAGAGUGGAAAUGCACAGUUGCUGCAGUUGUCCAGCAAGACCACUGGCAAACUUACUCUUUUGAAUAAAGUACAAAUGACUGGGAAGUGGAGGCAGCCGUUUGACAGUCGGCGAACGCUGAGCUGGCGUUUCUGCACAAACAGCAGCGGGAGCGUGGAGGUGGCCAUGAUGUACCGUGACGACACGGCGGAGCAGAAGAUGCUCUACGACACCAACUGCUCGGCCGUGGUGGUGCAGCUCCGGUACGCCGGGCGCCUGUCAGCCCUACUGCUGCUGCCCCGCGGGGACAUCCAACGCCUGGAGGAGUGCCUGUCCAUCACCAAGAUGAAGUUCUGGCUCUCGAACCUGAAACCUGGACGUGCAGAGAUCCGUCUGCCAAAGUUUGCAUUGAGAAGAUCAUACACUUUGGAUGAGGCCUUGAAGACGUCUGGUAUUAAGGAAGUGUUCUCUCAAAAAAGCCUACAGCCUUUUCAGGCUCUGCAUGACGUUGAACUGGUGGUGAAUGAGUCCAGGACAGAAGACAGGGGGCGCUCGGACACAGCCAUAGACCUAUCUGAGCCCCACAGGAUCAUCUUUGACAGACCGUUCAUGUUGAUUGUGUAUGAUGAAAUCACAGGGGCCAUUGUUAUGAUGGGAAAAAUAAUAGAUCCAACAGUAAUGUAAAGUAUUGUAGUUAAAUGAUAGUGAUAGUUGUUACCAUUCAUUUAACACAAUGUAGGCCUAUGUGCAAUCAUUAAAGGGAAUGUUGGUGUCGUGUCACCAGGUGUAAGCUAA